UUAAAUUGUACACCAUUUCUUUAUAGUUCCUAAAACAAUAUAGUUUAUUACGCUUGCAAGGGAGGCAAUACGACACCAAUGGUUACAAUUUAAGAACACCUCUUUAAAGAAACCAAAGUCAAUGAGUUGUCGUUUUUGUCAAAUUUACAAUUGCAAAUGUGAAGUUUAGAGCGAUCAUUAUUUCAAGGUUUCUUUGGUUUUAGUUUCUUUUUUUUUCGGUUCAUCCUUGGAAAGUGGUUUAAAGUUUGAAGCAGAUUUCAAGAUGAAUCUUUUAACGCUUGUCUGUGUCUUACUGCAAUCAUUUGUACACACACAAGCACAAGACGAGAUGACGUCAUUGCAGGGAAAUAGUCGUCAAUGUAACCUGUCUGGAACAACUUACAACUGUAGCAAUUUGUUACUCCCAACUAUCCCAGACGGUAUUCCGACCAACGUUACGAUUCUGGACUUAUCUUACAAUCUUAUUAAAGAAACGAAUCAUGUCUUGUGUCAGCUCGACCUGCUUCAAGAACUUUAUUUAGGUCAUAACAAGAUGGCGACAUUGUACAAUUAUAGUUUUCUAUGUUUAAAAAAUUUACGAGUUUUGGAUCUGCAAGGAAACAGUCUAUUAAUGGAUGCUAAAACAUUCCCCGAAGGCGUUUUCAAGCCAUUGGCAUUUUUACAGGUCCUUAAAAUGAACAAAAAUAACCGCAACACUUCUAACCCGAGUUUAUUUUAUCCAGACGGAGAGUUGUCUCAUCUUGACCAUUUAAGCAGCCUUCACAUUGAUGGGCUGGCCAAUAAAAGCUUUGGAGCGGGCUUCGGUCGAAUGAAAGAGUUACGUUACCUCUCAAUCACUGGUUACCCUAAGGGCUUCUGCACCAUGGAAAGCAUUACUAAGGAAACAUUUAAAUAUUUAUCACAGCUUCAUGUUUUGGAAAUAAAAUUAUGUUUGAUUACUAGUUCUCUUGUAGACCAGCUCGCCUUUCAGCCUUUAUCAAAUUUACAAGUCCUUGACCUCAGCGAGAGUGAAUUCUUCUUUUUAUAUCAUUUAGGGCCAGCCCUCGCAGCCAUGAGAUCUAAGAAUUUCACUCGUUUAAAAAUACAUAACAUAAUGAACUCGUAUUUUCCAUGUGCUAGGAUCUCUAAUGACUUUGCCAGAAGUUUGCCGCGGACUCUUACACACAUCACAGCUUCCUACAAUGGCUUUGCACUUAUUGAGUCCGAUGUUUUCCACCUGCUUCCUCCAAAUUUGACCUUUUUGGAUCUCUCCAACAACAGAUUUACUUUUGGCUCUUAUCUCCAGAAUUUUUCAGCAUUGCUAAAUCUGGAAACGCUGAUUCUGAAUGGACCACGCCAGAGUUUUGCCUUGCCUACUAGAUAUUUACCGGAUGUGGAACGUCUGUGUGAGACGAGUCCAAGAUCUUCGCAUUCAACAAAUGACACUCUUAUUUUGAGACUUCCUCCCAGGCUGAAGAAAAUCUCUCUCGACUCUGCUGGAAUUAGUUACAGGCUGACACAGUUUCAUAUAGACCCAAACAACUCUCUAGAAACGCUGAUUUUAAAUGGCAACAAGAUUCAGGCUUUGAUUGGUCCAAUGACGGGACUAACCAAAUUGAAACAUCUAAGUUUAGCUGACUGCUACAUUCAUAGCAUAAAGAAAGAUUUUUUUGACAACUUUACUUCUUUGCUCUACUUAAAUUUAAGUGUCAAUGAUUUCGGAUGUGACGUACUUAAAAACGGAAGUGACCCGAUAUUCACAAAUCUCAAAAAUCUUCAAGAACUAGACAUUAGUUUUGUAAAUAUCUUGACCCUUGACACAAAUGCUUUCCAAGGUCUUGAUAAUCUAGAAAGACUUCACCUGGAAAGAAACUUCUUGCAUCACUUUACUGCUGACAUUAGCAACAUGACGAGAUUGCAAUUUGUCAACUUUAGCAUGAGCGAAAUAAGUUCGUUAAGUUCUUGGAUCAGAAGCUCGUUCGACUCGGUUGCUAGUAAGUACAAAUUAAGCCUCGACUUAUCGGAAAAUCCCAUUCAUUGUUACUGCGAAAAUUUAGAUUUUUUGACCUGGUUUUAUACUGCACAAGACUAUAUUCAAUUUCUAAACCUUCAAAAAUAUCGAUGUUCAUUCGAAAACAAUUCGGAAGAAUAUAUCAAAGACUUUGAAAAGUUGUACCGGAAACUGAACCUGCAAUGUACACCAAAAGUCGUUUUGUUUAUAAUUGUAACUUCUGGUACUGUUCUCGCCAUGAUUCUCAUCUUCAUUGCAAUCAUUUAUAGAUUUCGCUGGAAGAUACAGUAUUUGUAUUACUCCGCGUACCUGUAUAUCAAGACAAACAAACUAGAUAAGAGCAGAUGUCAAGAAUUUCUCUAUGACGUCUUUCUAUCUUUUGCUCAUGAUGAUGAGAAAUUCAUCCACGAGACAUUAGUGCCAGAGCUAACAUCUCGUGGCCUCAGAGUGCACGAUCACACUGUGGACUUUAUCGCUGGGGAACUUAUCACUAGCAAUAUUGUCAACGCGGUACAGCGCAGCCGACGGACGCUUAUUGUCGUGAGUUCGAAUCUCCGGAAAAGUAAUUGGUGCCGAUUUGAGCUACAAAUGGCCAACCUGGAAAGCGUCAACACUGGACGUCCAGUGAUGGUGUUUCUUCUGAUGCAGCAUCUUCCAGAAGACGUCUUAAGUCGAGAGAUGUUGUACCACAUACAAAACAAUACGUACAUACAGCUGCCUGACGAAGUGGACAAUGCAAGAGUCAUGGGCAUUUUCUGGACCAAACUUUGUUCUGAUUUGCUUAAUUGACUUGAGAUGCUGUACACUAGUGUAUGGAUUCUAGGGAUUAUCUACAUAGAACGCAUAUCAAAUGAAGAGAUUCGGAACCGGAUCACAACGGCGAUUGGGCCCCACGAUGACCUGCUGACCAUAAUAAAACAACGCAAACUAAAACGCAACCUAAAACUUUUAUGGCUAUAUCACAUAGUCUGCAGUGCUGGCUAACACUCCUUCACGGAACAGUUCCAGGAAAAAGAAGCUGGCAAACACUCCUUCACGGAACAGUUCCAGGGAAAAAAAAGCGGGCAAACACUCCUUCACGGAACAGUUCCAGGAAAAAGAAGAAACAGCGAUGAGUGGACGGUGUUUGUCGUUGAACAAGAAUUCGACUUAAGGCAAAUGUAAGAGAGGAAUGGAGACAUACGUGUGAUGCCCUAACGGUUCAAAAGACAAGGGGGCAGGUGAAUGUGAAUGGAAAACAUUUCUGAUUUGCCUUCAUAAAUUGACAUUACAAUGCCCUGUCUCAAAACAUCCUGCUCAAACGUCCCAUGUGUAAGAUUCUAAUAACGUUUUAAAGCACUUCAGAAACAUGUACCGUUUAAGUGUUUUAUGUUUUCUUGCUACGAGGUCUGAACAUUUUUUUUUAAUGUGUUCAUUGUAAUUUAUUCACAAACCAGAAUUAUUUAAAGUUGUAAUAUUUUUAAACAGCUAAACAGUGUCAUGUUUCCUAAUUAUGUAAAAAUCAGUUUGGGGGUUCUUCUUCUUCUUCUUCUAGCCAGCUUUUUGCUGCUGAGCUGUGAGUUUGUUUUUUUUUGCAAACUGUGCCAAGGAAAAAAAAGUGUGUUGUUUUCUUCAGUUGUUCAGCACUGACGUGCAGUGUGUAGGUUUUGUUGGGCUGGAGUGGUAGUGGGGUUUGCCUUAAGUGGAUUAGGAAGGGGCAUUAAAAAAGGAUAUGGUUUACAGUUUCAUAAGGGUGGGCGUAGUGUCUACAAAGGGGGAGGGUGUGGGAUUAAUUUUGUUAAGAUGGUUAUUUAACAGAGGUGUGUGCCCUGUUCUUAGUUGGAAGAGUGUAGAAUGCUCUCUGCGGGGGAGGAAGUUAAUACUGUCCAGUUUGUUAGGCAUGGUCAUUUCUUUGUACAUGGCUCUGCCUGUGUUUCCUGAUGCUCAUUGGUUGAGCCACCCCUCUUUGUGAUUGUUGACUAACAUUGACCUUAGGGUGAGGUAGUUAACAGGUCUAUCUGGUUGUUCCAUAGAUGAUCCCACCUUUGAUAGCUUAUCCGCCUUUUCAUUUCCCAAGAAGCCAAUUUGUCCAGGGAUCCACUGUAUUGAUUUUUAAUUUUGACAUCAUCUGAUGGAUUAUCACCCUGCCAUCACUAAACCAGUUUGGGGGUAAAAAAAACAAAAACAUCAUAAAGUCUGCAUUUACAGUUGCUAUUUGAAUACAAUGAAACUGAAAAAAAAAAAUCAUUUUUUUUAAAAGAGAGAAGAGUCAUACAAAAAUCUUUAUCAACAUGUUAUAAGAAAAGAUAAUUGUGACGAUCACAUUUGCCGGGGGAUUAUAUUGUUAUAAACCUGGUGGUGGCACAGAUGGGGGUAGUGGUGUGUGUGUAGUCAGCCGACGCAAAUUGCCCCAGGCCAGCGCUAGACGAGCGGUCAACCGUGACGAGUUACGACUGUCGGCCGAGACGAGUGUGUUCGGGAAGGAUCGGCGUCGUGAACAGAGCUCAGAAGCGUCACGAGGGAUGUAGUCAUGUGACGAGGCUGGAAACGUCGAGCGACGUUCCGUCCGGUUCUAGAAGGCCAGUAGGGACCCUAUAUAAAGAGCGGAGGUGUCGCAGUCAAGACGGUUGAGAAAAGGGGCUCAAUACAGCAAGGUUCAGAAAGGAGGUUCACGACAGAAGGUCCACUACAGCCCGGUUCAACACGGUCCGGUCGACUACGGCACAGUUCAACGGUGUGGUUCUGUACGGAGCAUUACGACGGUUCAGUGCGGAGUACUGUCAAGUACAGUUGAGACGAACGGCGUCUUGAUCUUGGUCUGCGAUCGAGUCCGACACAACGAGCCUAGUGUGUGAAGUCAGUCUUGAACUGUUGAACCCAGUGCAAGCCCGGAACGAGACGGAGAGACCAGUGCAAGAGUUGAUACGUCGGUACGGUGUUAUCGGAGAGAUAUUUGUACAGUGUACGUGUUGCCAAUUGUACAGUAUUGGCUGUUAUUUAUUCAACUAUUAAAGUGUUACGUUACUUUG